UGCUACAUGUGCUUCGAUGAAGAAGAUUCCGAAGAAAACCCAAUGAUCACUCCCUGUAAAUGUAGCGGAGAUACCAAGUACGUCCAUGUGGAUUGUCUCCGCAAGUGGCAUACGGCGGAAGCCGACAACCAGAUCUGCUUCCUCUCGUCUGUCGACGCCACCUGUUCCGUCUGCAAAAGUACCUUCAAGUCCGAUUUUAAGCUCAAGGAUGGACGUCACCUUAAGCUAUUCAAGUCCUCCUUGGAGCCUCCAUACGUUUCGCUGCUGGUGGCCACCAAGCACGAAAUGGCCCAGCGGCUUUUCAACACGCGAUUCCAGCUAUCCUUUAGCACCCUGAUGAAGCCCGAUGGCAAAAACGCUACACGCCCGCUACUUUUGGGGCGCUCUUCUGGAUCCGACAUGGUCUUGGAUUAUCGCACGGUCUCUGCUCGCCACGCCUCUAUUCGCUUUAAGAAUGGGGAAUUCAUCUUUACGGAUGGCGGCUCGUCCAACGGCUCCUAUCUUUAUUUACGGAAGCCCUUGGAACUGUCCCCAUCCCAGGCCGUACAGUUUCGUCUGGGGCGUUCGAUGAUC